AUGGAAUUCGGACUAUUUUUCAUUCGAUUUGUCGUCGAAAGUUCUUAUCAUGAAGAACAAUUAUAUAAAGAAUUAUUUCAAAAUUAUAAUCCAUUAAUACGACCUGUACGAAAAUUAGAAGAUACAAUAACUGUAUCAUUUAGUAUUGCUUUAUUACAAUUAAUUAGUGUAGUUGAAAAAGAACAAGUACUGAAAACAAAUGUUUGGUUACAAGUCAAAUGGCAUGAUUAUCAAAUGCAAUGGAAACGAGAAAAAUAUGGUGGAAUUCAAUCAAUACGUGUACCACCAAAUCAAGUUUGGACUCCGGAUAUUGUUUUAUUUAAUAAUGCUGAUGGAAGAUAUGAAGCAUCAUUUAAAUCUCAUGUUGUUGUUUAUCAUAAUGGUGAUAUGAAUUGGGUACCACCUGCAAUAUAUAAAUCAAGUUGUUAUAUUGAUGUUAAAUUUUUUCCUUUUGAUCAACAAGUAUGUGAAUUACGCUUUGGUUCUUGGACAUAUAAUCAACAUCAAUUAAAUUUUACAUAUUAUGAUGAAAAAGAACGAAAUGUUACAAUAAAAGAUUAUGUUGUUAGUGGUUCAUGGGAUCUUUUGGAUGGACCUAUGUCUAUUCAACAUCCAUCAGAUGAAGGAAAUCUUCUAUUUGAAAAAAGUUAUAGACAUGAUCGUGUUGAAUUUGUAUGUAAACUUGUUAUAAGACGUAAAACACUUUUUUAUACAGUUAAUUUAAUCAUCCCAACGAUGCUUAUUUCAUUUUUAUCAAUAUUUGUUUUCUAUUUACCAACUGACGCAGGUGAAAAAAUGACAUUAUCGAUAUCAAUUUUAUUAGCAUUAGUCGUUUUUCUAUUACUUAUAUCAAAAAUUUUACCACCUACAUCUACAGUUAUACCAUUAAUUGCUAAAUAUCUUUUAUUUACAUUUAUUAUGAAUAUAAUAACAAUUUUUUGUACAGUUCUAAUUAUUAAUUAUAAUUAUCGAACACCACGUACUAAUAAAAUGCCUUAUUGGAUGAAACGACUUUUUAUUGAUAUAUUACCACGAGUACUUCGUAUGGAAAGACCACAUAAAUAUGAACGAGAAAAUGAUGAUGAAAUGAUUGAACCAACAAUAGUGAAUUCUAUACGAGCAUCACGUGUUAUAUCAAUAACAACACCAAUUAUGAAUAGUCAACAAUCAUUAACAACAACAGAUAAUGAUGAAGAAAAUCAACUUGAUUUUUUUCUAACAAAAGAAGUUUAUGAAGCUGUUGAAGAUCUUAGUUUUAUUGCAAAUCAAAUGAGAUCAGCAAGUCAUUAUGAAGAAAUUCGUGAUGAUUGGAAAUACAUUGCAACUGUGAUCGAUCGAUUACAAUUAUAUAUAUUUUUUGCUGUUACAACUUUUGGUACAUUAUCAAUUUUAUUCAAUGCACCAUAUAUUUUAAAUGUAGUCGAUCAAACUGCUAUACUGAAAAAUUGGGAUCCUACAUUUGGUACUACUUAG